CGGGAGUGCGCGUUUUUUCCGUGUGAUCUGACGAGCGGAUGUCCCCGUUUUUAAUUGUGUAAAAAUGCGGUUCAGGCUAGUGACAGUGGCGAUUCUGUUCGCCGUCGCGAGCAGAGGAUAUGGAAGGCCAGGAGAUCCUGAUCCAUUGGACAACCCACAGGAAGUCACGGCAGCAACACUUGGAGCAGCUUAUACGGAUGGGAGUCCCGAUAGCAGGUACAUGAUGACAAUGACGAGGCAGACAGCUUCAAUAUCACUUACUCCCGAUAGAAAACGCGAUAUCAGUAUUAAUAGUCAUAAGUACGGUAGUAGUAGCAAUAAGUCAGGUAAGGUGGGACGUUCUACGUUUCCAGGCUUGAGCUUUGAAGAUAAAAAAAAAAAUUAUCUUCCUCUCGGUGCUUUGUCUUUUGUUAAUCCUCGAAAUGACAUUGGUAGAGGACCUGUGAAUCAUAAUCGUCAGUGGGUUGCUAGGCGAUUUGGCAACUACAACCCACUAACGAUUCCUUACAUUCCAUUUCAUCCUUCGAUCCCUGUAUCAAUUAUUUCAUCCACUACACCAAAAACUGCAAUUUUAGACAGAAGUUUGACUAAACAAAAAGAUAUUGUAUCUGUACAACGAUCCAAAUCCAAACAAAUCCCAGUUUAUAUAACCCAAAAUCCUGAUGAUUCUAACAAAUUAUAUCGAGGACAACGAAAAAUUGAAUCAAGGACUCUCGUAAGGAUUAUACCGCAAAGCAUCAGGCCUGGAUACAGUACUCGUAGAAACUCAACAAAUUUUAAGGUAAAACCACAAUCAUCCAGCGCGGAAUUUAAAAACUGGCCAAAUGAAGCUAUGAAAAAUGUUCAAGAUCUCUUCAACUACGAAAAGUACACUACUUUUUCUGUUGAGGAAAAAGAUAAUAAUAAAAUGACUACAGGCACGUUAAAGACAUCAAAUCGGGAGCCAUUAAUCAAAAGCCCUGAGAUGCUACCAUCGGUGCACUGGUCGAAAAUUCCAGUUGUUGAAGUUACAACUGUACCAAAUGAUCUUAUCGAUGUUGACACAACAAUGAAAAUUGACAACCUUUUAGACGAUUUAGGAACUAAUAAACUCAACUCACAAUUUCAAACUUCCUCGGAAGUUGUACAAAAUACAGUUUUUCAUAUUUUGAAUGCGGGUUCUCGUAAGCCCAAUGUAACCGUCAUCAAACCAACAAACACAAACAAAAUCAAUCGAAUAAAGACGGCUGGUACUAGACCUCCACAAAAUGUUCAUAUUAUGUUUACGAUGGAUAAAGGUGAUUCUCCAAAUAAUACAGCAGAGAAAAAUCCAACGCCAGAAAUUUUGGGAGUUGAUUCAGAUUGCCCCACGAUUUUGAUAAAUUCCAUUACACAAAUUAACAACACAAUCGAAAGUAAGGAAGGUUGUACGGAUUUGAAUAUCGUUAUUAAUUCACAUCUUUUGAAUACACACGUGUUUAAACCAUCUGCGAGUAUUUCGGACUCUUUUUCAAGUACUACGGAAGCAUCAAAAACUUCUUAUGUCGAUAGUCCGGAUAUCCCAAACGAACUCGCCAAUCAUGAGAAUCAUAAUCAUCAUCAGCAUAAUCAUAAUGUGCAUGAGAAUCUGCACGGCCAACUACAAUUAGAUGGAUCUGGAAUUGGUCAAUCUAUACAACAAGUACCUGAAAUUUCUAUGUUCGAAGUUAUUCAAGGUACUCAUAUUAACAUGGGCGAGGGAGGUAGUGUUUCUACUAAUGUUGUGAACGAAAUAGACAGUCAGGAUUCUGGACCAGAUUACUCUGCAAACACGAAUAUGAAUGGAACAUCUUUGCUCGGAUCAAACGAAGAAGGCAAUGGCAUUAAUGGUACAAACGCGGAAGAGGCUACUAGUGACAAUGGCGUAGACUCCACUGACUCAACGACUUUAAGUCCUGCUGCUGAAGAAGUUCUAUCAUCAGGGCCAGCGGCUGCACCUGGUGAAGUUGGAAGUGGCCAGGCAAACGAAGUACCGGCAUCGAUUUCAUUGCCGAGUUUGCCCAAUAUUCCUAAUUUACCAAAUAUUCCGAGUCCAUUAUCAAAUUUACCAGCUAAUACAGGUCCUGGAGGAUCUGGAGGACUAGGACAGACAGGUUUAAUAUCUACUCUUAAUGAUGAUGAGGACGACGACGAUGACGAGUUGGUGGAAGCUUUGUCACCAGUAGGGUUAUUAGAUUCCAUAACUUCGGUAUUUAACUAUGUAAGUGACCUCAAUCCAAUUAAUUACGGAAUAUUCGGCAUGGCUGUAGCACCGUUUAUUGCUUUUGCCGCGGGAAUAGUGGGAGUGGCUGCCUUUAUAUUUCCAUUUGCGUUUCCAGGCUCGUUAGAAUUGGGGAGAAAUUGGCAUGAAAAUAAUUAUAAAAUGAAACAUAAAUACCAUCCAAGUUUACACGAUGUCGUUCAUAGUUCUAUACACAAGCAAAGUCGUCCACGUGAGCUUAAGGACAUCCAAAGUAUGGACCAAUCGUUACGAACUGUUGCAACGCAGCUUUUGAACUCUACAAAACGUGAAGAUUUAUUUCCAAUGCCUGAAGAAAAAAUUGUUACAAUGGAAACUCCAAUGCAAGUUGUUCAAGUCUCAACAAAAAUUGAAGGCGUUGUAAAUAAUGAUAAAAACAAUGAAGAAGAUGAUUCGACUAAAAUGAAGUUCGGCAUUCCAAUGAAUUCGAAAUUUGGACAUUUUGAAAUUUCCAAUCCUGGUCAUGCUAUUGCCAUGACUGACGAAGAGAUUGAAAAAGAAAUGGCGACUGCUGUAACUGCAGAUAAAAAACAGUUAACUACGCCAAGCCUACUUUCUACUUGGAUACAAUUGUAUCCGGUUUCUUCGACAACUGAAAACAGUAAUUUGUCGGAAACGAAAACCAAUGACCAGAGCAAUCCGAUAGUAUCAAAAACUAGUACAAAACUACCUGCAAGUGUUGUAAAACAAACUAUUACUAGUACUAAGCCAAUUCGAAAGACUGAGCCCAAGUCAACUACUGUAAAAACUACUGAAUUUCCCGUUAUUACUAAAGUUAUGAAGAAUACAAGUACUAGUUCCUCUACGAAUUUCGUGAAAAUAGGCACUACCACACUGACCACAUCGUUUGACAAUGAUAUCGAUGAAACUGAGACCACUGAUAAAAAGAACACUCAGCCUACACCUGUUUCGACAACGGCGAAAUCGUCAACGAAAAAAUCUUUAAACAAAAGUAGUACCACACCAAAGCUAAAACUGUCAACGCCGAAGAACUCAACCAUAAAUAAGUCACCAAAACCUAAUAACUCAUCAAAUAGAAUGAAAAACUUUUCGACUAAACGGCCAGCUUUGAGUAAUGAUACCGUUACAAGCACGUCGAGGAUUGAAAAAGUUACUCUUAGACCACUUUCAACAGCGUCGCAAAAUCAUACUGAAAGCACUGAUAAGCCAAUGUUUAUAACGAAAAUCAGAGCUUCCCUGUUUGAUGUUCAGAAAUCAACUACCCCGACUUCAACAACAUCUAAAUCAAUCCACACUAUUCUGUCCAAAGCUAAUUUUUCUCAAUCGGAAUCCCCAAUCGUAAAAGUCCCUAACCCUACUCGAGUGAACAAUGUUUUAAAAGUUCAUUCGAAAAAGCCCACUGAUGAUACAACGAAAAUUGAGAUUCAACCUAUACGUGUGAAUCCUCCUGUACUUACGAUUGAGAAAAUAAGUGAUCUUAAUUCUGACCAGAAAAUAGAUGAUGCUCAGGAUAUUUUGAAUAAUUCUAAAAUAGACGUUAAGUUUGAUUUUGACUCUGAGGUUUCCAAAGUCGAAAUCCAAACGCAACCAUCUGUAGAUUCCAAUACAUCCCCUGUAAUUACAUCGACUUCGAAAAAACCUCGUUCACCUGGAAAACGCAAGAAAAAUAAGAAUCGUCGUCGCAAGACAACUACUACAUCGACAACUACUUCAACAACCAAUGCACCGUCUGAUGAAGAAAGUCAAACAUCAAGUGAUUCUAUUACAAUUCAUGAUCUUCAAGUUAAUGGAAUUCAAGAAUCAAAAAUCGAGCCAGAGUCUAAAAUUUCACCAUCGAAGAAAAAAAAACCAAAUCAACAAACCCAAGUUGAAAAACCAAUAAGUUCUCAAAUUUAUAAUUUCAUAAGUCGAGAAGUGAUGCCAAGUGUAGGUGUUAUGUCAUUGGUGGGCCUAGGGCUUGGACUAGCUUCAUAUUUUCUGUAUCCAUUCGGUGGAGUAAUCGCUCGAAGGAAUUAUAACGUUGAGCCUAAUUACAAAUACAAUAUUGACGAGUACGGAGGAAAUUAUGGAUUGAGUGAAGAAGAAGUUCUGUCCAAAGUUUACUCAGGCAUGACAGGAGGUCAAAAUUAUGAGACAAAGUAUCGCAUUGGUGAAAAAAGUCCCAACUAUUACAGAUACACAGCAUCGGAACAUUCGCAUCAACCCUCGACAAGAUAUCCCGGACCGACCAUCAAAAACAAUGGAAAUCGGGUGAUUUAUAGACCAGUUGAAACAACCGCUCAUGGAACGAAUUAUCGAAAGACCGAGUUUAAAUAUCCGGAAGUAUCGACCACGUCAAAUUAUUACGAACGACAACGACAACAGCAGCCAACCGAUUUUGGACUGGUAGUUGGAAAAACAGGAGUUGGAAACAAUCGGCAAUUCGUCGUUGGUAAUAUACCAAAGGAGUAUUCGCGCGAAGUUGACAAAAGGAUGGAUAUAGUGAAGUUACAAGAUGAAGCAGAGCCAAAAUUGCAGUAUCAAGUUGAUGAAACUAAAGAUAAGAAACCAGAAUCACCUUCAUCGGAUUCAUCUAUCGAGAAUGUGGAAAGUUCAGCGGCUUUAGUUUCAAAAGCCAAAGAAGAGCAGUCCACUGGAGAUCUUGAGGAUGCAAAAAUCAACUCAAGUGGCUCACUUGUAGAACAUGGUCCGAGGUCACUAAAGUUGGAUGAUGAGUCCAAAGUGAGAUCAACGUUGUUCAGAGCGAUUCGGAAAAAGAGAGGUAUUCUUCCCGAUCUUCCUGGUUCUUUAAUGCCGAUGAUAACGGGAUUUGAGACUCCAGAAAAAGAAAGGAAUUCAGUUAUCCAAGUAAUACCAUCAAAAAGCGAGAUUGAGAAGGAAAAAAAAGAAGAAGCGCAAGAAGAGGAUCUGAGCAACGAAAUUUUAGAUAUAAUUGAUGAAGCGCUCCCAGGAAAACAACAUCAGAAAAAACAUGGAGACAAGGGCUACAUGACAGCUGCAAGUGACCAGCAUUCAAAACCGGCAUUGAUAACCACAACUGCAUCGACAAAGACUACUACUUCGAGUAGUCAAGAAACGAAAACCAAGGAAAAAUCAGCAGCUUUGUCCACUACAACAGUGAAAACAACGACCACCACGCUGCCUACAGAACUAGACAUCAUAGACCUAGGCGAGACGACUCUCGAUUGGCGCGAAAAUAUCAGUACAACCUCGAAACCUCAACCAAGUGGCAUAGACAUUAUCGGAAUGGCCAAGAGGAUCGCUGAGAUUAAAUUGAGGCUUGGCUUGACAAUUCUCAAGCACGCUAGUGAGGGAUUUGCCAAGUACAUAGGAAACAUUCAGAAAAAGUUUAAUGGGGAGACAUAA